AUGCUUCGGAUAGCUUGGAAUUUGUCUUGGUACCAAGGGAUUGAUAACCUUUUGUCAAGUGUAGACAAGGAACAGCAUGAAACUGCAGAUUUUUUAGAGACAUUAAAAGUUAUCCUCAGAAGAAGUUCUGACAUUGAAGAUGACACACUCAGCCAGUGGACUGCAAGAUUGCCUGAGUUAUGUCGUUCAGGCUGUGUCUCAUAGGGAAGUGCGUUCUGCUGUUGCUAGGAUGAAUUUUUAUCUCCUCAAUGACAGACUGGUUCUAAACUGCCUCACUGACUAUAACAUGUCCGCCUUGAAGUGUUUGCCUUGGCAUACUGCACUGAGCAGGUUUUUGCUGGUUCAACCAGCAUGUGCUGAAGAUGAAAAGCUCCUGGCAGAUGUGAUAAGUUUCCUAAACAAGAUCCUGAGAGAACAGAGUAGAAGCUCAGAUUCACAAGAUCUCCAGUGGAUACUGGAGAUGCUACUUAAACAAAGCCCAAGUCCACUACUAGAUCUAAUCAUCCAGAAAGAGCAAACGGCCAAAAAGGACGUGGAUGAUACACAAGCAGCUGUGAGGCAGCAUCUGCAGAAAGAGCUGAUGGUUUUUUUUUAACACACUAAUGCUCUGUUUAACUUCAGUUACUGAUCGGAAGUGCAUGGCUCUUGCCGGAGCAGUCAGAACACAACUAGCCCUGCGUUUGCUUGACUGUUUAAAAGUGUCAGAUGCUCCCCAUUUCUAUGGCCUUCCAUCUUUAGCCAGAACUCUGAAAGGCAUGGUACACGUCACAUCACUGCCAGGAUGGAGUUCACAUUGCCCUACGACAGAGCCAGUCACCAUCUGUGUAAAGUUACUGACCAGCCUUCUUGAGAUUAUUUCAUCAUUUUAUGUGGAAUGGGGAGGAAAUGCUCUUUCCUAUAUGGGGAAAGGUGUCACGAAGAGCACAGUAUUGUGCUUGCUUCACUUGUCCCAUGAGAUGACAGCUCAAGCCAGGAACACGGACUGGGUACAUCUUUGGUCUUUACCAUAUGAUCAUGGUACUGAAGAACAAGUCAUACCGCGGCUGGGUUUGGAAUGGUUGAUCCCUUUGUGGGUGGACAGAGACCCAGAGGUGAGGUUCACUAGCCUGGGCAUUGGGUCGGCUUUGACAUCAAUUAAAGAGGGUUGUGUAACUUUGUCAGACAGUUGUCAGAACAUUUCUGGAGGCUUAUGGGGAACAGUGCUAAGUAUCUCUCUUGACCAGUAUGAAUGCAGCAUGGUGCGCAAAGAGGCUGUCUUCAUUCUUCAAAACAUGCUUGUUAUUCCAUUGUCACAAAAUGCAGAAGAUGCCAGUGAGUUCACUCUACAGGGCCCUAGCAUACAUGAUGAGGAGACAGGAUUGGCAUUAACUGGAAAAGCUGCAGUCGAAGCUCUCUUGCAACACUACCAUUUCUAUGAAUAUGUCAGUAACAUGACUAAAAACUGCUAUCUGGAGCAACACACAUUUGACUUCAGUAAUUCUACAUAUAAGUCAGCACAUGAACAUAUGAAUUGCUCUGAAGACUCCCUUUAUUUUUGGAACAGCACACCCAGCAUUUCUAGCACAUCUGGUUCUGAAUCAACUUUAAGUACAAUAAUUCAUACUGGAUCCUCUACCACAAGUGGCUCAGAUCCCCAGGCUGCAAUUUCUGAUUCUUCCAUUUUGGAAAAUGUGGGUGAACAAGGACUGAAUCAAGGUCAAAACAACAAAGCAAGAACGGCAUCUCUGAGCUCCGAAGAGAUUUGCGUCUCUGUGUGCGCCUCUGACCAGUGCUCCUUAGUCACACCAUCCCUCUUGUCAGCAGUGUGUGGAUUACUGGAGAAUCUCCUAGUAAUGAAUUCUGAAGAUACUGUCAACGCUUUGUCUAAGACGCAUUUGCUGACAGAUCUAACAAGUCUCAUAAAGCCAGCUGUACUCGAAAGAUGCUUUUCUGAUCUCAAGGCUUCACUCACCCCUGAAGGUCACGCUCGAAAAAAAAAGUCACAGGUGCUGGUUCUGCUUGACUACCUGUCCUCACUCUCAGGAUUUCUGCAUUCAUAUCUGCUUGUCGAUGCUAGUUUGUUGAUCCAAGAUGAAAUAAUAAGGCCACUAUUGGCGACUUUGACUUCAGUACUCUUUACACACCAUAAAAAACACUUGGGUGCUGAGCUAAAAAAUGCAGUUUACCAAACACGGACAGACAUAUUUGUGUUGUUAACCACCUUAUUG